UCAUCUUCGGUUAAAGGUUCAAUCUGUGUCGUCUUUGUUGCUGCUCUUCUCUUCCCUAUCUCUUCUCCCCAAAUCGAAUUUCUCCACUGCUCUCCCAUGGAAGCCUCCGGUGCCACCGCCAAUUUCCCGAACAACCAGCAGCUCUCCGUGUCGAAAGUCCGAGUUGUGGUCCGGGUCCGCCCUUUUCUUCCCCACGAGAUCGCCUCAAGAAACGGAGACCCCGUCUCCUGCCUCUCCGUGCUGGAUCAAGAAUUCGGGUCACCAGAGGAAGUGUCUGUGUACCUCAAGGACCAGUUGACCAGUCGGAGCGAGUGCUAUAAAUUGGACUCGUUCUAUGGCCAAGAAGACAAUAAUGUGAGGCAGAUCUUCGACACAGAAGUGAGACCCUUGAUUCCCGGGAUUUUCGAAGGCUGCAACGCCACCGUCUUUGCUUACGGGGCUACUGGGAGUGGUAAAACUUAUACGAUGCAGGGAACCGAUGAGCUCCCUGGCCUCAUGCCUUCAGCAAUGUCGGUCGUUCUAUCGAUGUGUGAAAGCGAUGGAAGCACUGUUGAGAUCUCGUAUUAUGAGGUCUACAUGGACAGGUGCUAUGAUCUCUUAGAGGCCAAACCCAAGGAGAUUGUGAUUUUAGAUGACAAAGACGGGCAAAUUCACCUUAAGGGGCUAUCCCAAGUCCCCGUGAAGUCGAUGUCAGAUUUCCAUGAGGCGUUCUCAAGUGGUAUCCAGAAGAGAAAGGUAGCACAUACAGGCCUUAACGACGUGUCCAGCAGGAGCCAUGGAGCACUCGUGAUCUCUGUCAGGACAUCUCGUGGUGCUACUGGGAAAUUGAAUCUUAUCGACUUAGCUGGUAAUGAGGAUAACAGAAGAACUUGCAAUGAGGGGAUACGAAUCCAGGAGAGUGGCAAAAUCAACCAAUCCCUCUUUGCCCUGUCAAACGUUAUAUAUGCAUUGAACAACAAGAAAACACGAGUGCCCUAUCGAGAGAGCAAGCUGACCCGAAUACUGCAGGAUUCACUCGGUGGAACCAGUCGUGCUCUCAUGGUCGCAUGUCUCAACCCAGGAGAGUACCAGGAAUCUGUCCACACUGUGAGCUUGGCAGCUCGGUCCCGCCAUGUCUCAAACUUUGUCCCCUUGACUCAGAAGCAAGAGACCCCGAAGCUGAAAGUCGAUAUGGAGGCAAAGUUACGAGCUUGGCUGGAAUCAAGAGGCAAAACCAAGAGUGCAAGCAGAUUUGGAGCAUUCGUCUCUUCAUCUUCCCAUAAAUGCCCCGACUCUGCAAGUUCUGCUAAGAUGAAUAACAACUAUCACAGUUCAAUGAGAACCAAGGCUUCGAUGAUUGGCCAAGGUGCUUCUGCCACUAGAAGGGCAAUCAUUAUGCCUAAGAGGAAUUUAUUUGACAGUGUGGUUUCAACAGAUCUCUGCUCAGAGAAUCUAUGUUCAGCUCCAGAAGUGGAGAAGAAAGAUAAGCUCGAUUCACAUGAGACUACGUCAAAAGCACGAUCACGAGGUGAACCAUUAGAUGAGGAAGAGAAGGACAUGUCAUCACCAGUCACUGGGACUAAGAAGAGCCUAUUGCAGUCCCCUCUUCGGAAAGCCCUCUCCCCUAUCAAUAGCAAUCUCGGCUGUAAGGCACUGGAAGGAUCCAUCGAGGAAUUUUCCUGCCUAUCUCUGUCUGAGGCAAAGACUCCAACAGUUGAUAAGAAAAGCUGCACGGACAAUGUGCAAGAAAUCACCACCACCCCGCUGAAUAAGUUCAAUGAAUGCAGCUCUCAUUUGAGGGCAAAUCUGAUCAAGGAAUAUAUCUUUCUCCUAAACACGGCAAGCCGGGAAGAGCUACUGGAAUUAAAGGGAAUCGGACCGAAGAGAGCCGAGUACAUUCUCGAAGUCAGGGAAACCAGUCCCCUCAAAUCGUUGAAUGACUUGGAGAAGAUCGGCCUCUCAUCAAAACAGGUUCAUGAGAUGUUCCGCAGAGCCGCAAGAUCUGUAUUCUAGUGAUCGGGGAAGACGGGCAACCACCAGUUGUUCUUCGAGCAAACAUUAGAUCGCGUGAUAACAUAUAAUCAUGCGAUGAUUACUGCUAUACAUCCAAUAUUUCUCCCAAUUAGACGAGCAAGGUUACAUUCAGCCAAAAAAAAAAAGACUAGAGCGAGGUUACGGAUGCUUUAGAACAGAGUUUGUAUCAAUCAGUCUCUAAUCUCAUGUAACGUGUGCAAUCACCCUUCUACUUGAAUGAAGAUAUUUCCAGACGCAUUGUCGUUGCUCCAUCCAAA